ACGAAACGUGUCUAUACGUAAAUAGAUUGGAGAAUGGGUUUUCCGCAGUAGGGUCGGGGUUUUGUGCAGUGCGCAGCGUGAGUGUUUUAGUACCGAGCGGAGAGGAGAUGCACACGGCACUCGAGUGAGAGGUUUCGAAGCGAGGAGACAAUGAGAGUUCACACACAUACCAGGUUUUGCUUUCUCUGCGUGCUGACCCUCCUGUUCCAUCACUGCAGUCACUGUCACGAAGGAGGAUCCCACCAUCACCACGAACACAGCCACGAAGACCACAAACAUGACCACGUCCACAACGACCUGCAGAUUUCUGAGACCUCGUGCGAUGGCUUAUCGGAUUGGUUGUUGCACAACAACCACGGAGAGCCGGCGGAGAACGAGCAACAUUACUACAUCCAUCGAUUGUUUUGUCGGUACGGCAAGAAGGACCGUCUGGAUUUUAAAGGCUUCCAGAGUCUGCUGCUGAGUUUGGGAUUGGGAGAGGUGCGAGUUGUGGGCCUCGAGCAUGAAGAGCUAGGACACGAUCACAUGGCCCAUUUGGAUAUUCUAGAAGUUCAGGAAGGCCGGCAUUCACAUUCGGCCGGGCAUCCGCAUCAUCACGAGAAGCCCCACGUGUCCCAUAAGAACCACGAACCCUCACAUGAUGAAAACGAAGAGCUCGUAUCCGUCGAGGAGCCACCAUGCGCUGACACGGGAAUCACAAGGAGCGAACUUGAAAAACAUGUUCAUGACAAAGACGGUGAUCAUGAGCACGGACACGACACAAUUGAAGAUCAUGAUCAUGACAACGACACUGAUCAUGAACACAUCCACACACAUGAUCCUCAAAUCCACAAUCACACACACUCGCAUACUCAUAGUCAUGGACAUCACAGUGACCAGCUGGAUCAUGACCACGACCAUCAUCAUAAACCUACACAAGAAAACAAUGACCUCAGCGAAGACCACACGCAUGAGGAUCACCACCAUGACCACCAUCAUCACAAGCCCCCUCACCCUCAUCUCCAGCUCACUAUGGCAAAGCCUUCAACGCCAACUGAGCCACCCAACACUCAACUCAGACGAAGCAGACGGCCACCUAAAGCCCGAAACCAACGGGGCCAGAAUAAGACCACCAGCACCGUUACUCAUGCCGUCAGCUCACCGGAGCCCGAGAGCAGCGGAGAUGAGCAUGAACACAACAGUCAGGAACACGGCCCUGAUGAGCUACCCAGAGGAAAGAGAGAGGUACCGGGAGGGAUGAUGGAUCCUUCGGAUAAAUCACAUGGUGUGCAUCACCAACACGAGGAGUGUUUGAAUUUAACACAGUUGUUGGACCAGUACGGACUGAACACAGAGUCUCUCAUCUCUCAGGAGCAGUUCACGUAUUUAUGUCCAGCACUCCUCUAUCAGAUCGACAGACGCUUCUGCAUCCUUCACUACCAUGACGUUAAGACCAACACAAUAGAGGAAGCUUCAUCUUCAGUGUGGAUCUGGAUGUGGGGUUUCGUUUCCAUCACCAUCAUCAGUCUGCUGUCUCUGCUGGGUGUGGUUCUGGUGCCCAUCCUCAAUCAGUCCUGCUUUAAAUUUCUCUUGACCUUCCUGGUGGCGCUGGCUGUGGGAACCCUAAGCGGUGAUGCUUUACUGCAUCUACUGCCUCAUGCUCAGGAGGGCCACAACCACAGUCACGGAGUCCCCACAGAGCAUGAACAUGAGGUGGAUUUUCUGAUAAAGUUCGAUGGUGUUUGGAAAGGACUGACAGCGCUAGCAGGAAUCUACCUCCUCUUCAUCAUUGAACACUGCAUUGGCAUGUUCAAACACUACAGAGACCAAAGGGGAAGUGUCUGCCAGAGGAAGAAGAAAGGAGAACAGGCGAAGAUUGGCAGGAAAUUGUCAGACCACAAACUCAACAGGCGUUCGGAUGCUGAGUGGCUCCAUCUCAAACCUCUAACAGAGGGAGAGGGUUCAACAUGUGAAGCCGGACACAAUGACACACAGAUGACAGAGUUACAGCCUCUAGACUCUCCCAGCAAGAUGUUGCAUGACGUCUCAGAUUCUGAACAGCCCUACAAGGGAGCAGGAAAAACAGAGGAGGACAGGGCACCAAGAGGCAAGACGAAAAAACAUGGACAUGGCCAUGGCCACGGACAUUCACACCACGGACACUGCCAUUCUGACCAGGAGAUGAAGGACGCCGGGAUCGCCAGCAUAGCAUGGAUGGUCAUCAUGGGUGACGGCAUGCAUAACUUCAGUGAUGGACUUGCUAUAGGUGCUGCUUUUAGUGCUAAUAUAACAGGCGGAAUCAGUACAUCAGUCGCGGUCUUCUGUCAUGAACUGCCCCAUGAACUGGGCGACUUUGCGGUUCUAUUAAAAGCUGGGAUGUCGGUGAAGCAAGCCAUUGCGUACAACGUCCUCUCCGCCCUCAUGGCUUACAUAGGCAUGGUUAUCGGUACAGCGGUGGGCCAGUACACGCACAACGUCACCAGCUGGAUCUUCGCAGUCACAGCUGGCAUGUUCCUCUAUGUGGCAUUAGUGGAUAUGUUGCCAGAGAUGCUUCAUGGUGACAGUGAAGAGCACAAGCGCUGUGAGUGGGGUCACUUUGUCCUGCAGAACUUUGGCCUGCUCACGGGGUUUGGCAUCAUGCUGCUGAUCGCCAUCUUUGAAGAACACAUCGUGCUGGACUUUGGUUUCUAGCAGGAGACGUGACUUGAGGGGAGACGUCGUCCAUCAGCUACGUUCACACAUGUGCUUUGCCUUAAAGUGGUUUUGUGAUGGUACAGUCCUCUGAAGACAGCAUCAGCGACUUACAGUGGACAUGCAGAUAAACAUGUUUACAUUUCAUCAACCUGCAUCUCAUCGCUUGAACUCUUCAAGCUGGCUUUUAGCUAUAGCUGCUUGGCCCUUUUCUCUCUUAUUCGUUUGUCAAAUCCAGACAUAUACACUGCAAGAGAAGCACUCCUCAGUAUUUGAGUUGUGCCUUUAGUAUUGUAGUGUGUUUUUUUGGACCGAGUCCUGGAGAGAAGCAGCUAUUCAGUAGUCAUCCAUUCAUUUAAAUGUGUUGAUCAGCGUGACUUGUUUGGCUCUUUCAUUAGUCUGUCUUGUAGCUCACAGUCCAUUCGUUGUGUCGUGCUGUGUAUGUCUAGUGUUUCCACCAUCGCAGUGUCAGGCACAAAACUAUCUGUUUAAAACGGUGCAACAGAGCCCAGCUUUUUGGUUUGUAAUUUAUUGAGACCGGUACCGGUGAGAGUCGUGUGCCAAGACAUAACAAACUUUCUUCUUUACUGGUUUAAACGCUGCUGCCAGUAUUGAUUUGUUCUUUAUUACACUGUAUGUCCUGUUCAUAGUGAUGGGAGAGACCUCUUUCUGAGAAUUUCAUUUGUUUGAUUUUUAUUUGAUUACUGUUGGUUAUAGAUUGUACUAUUUGUUUGGCCACGUUUAAGUAUUUGAAGAAGUGUGCAGCAGCGUGAUGCGGUGCUGCUGAAUGUUCGGACACAUUCAGAAGGUCAACUGAACACGGUAACUAAACAAGUCCAGUAUUAACUCCAAUGAUGAAGCACUGUGAUGUUUAAAUGACGAACAACUAGCUUAACAAAUCGGUACAUCAAGGAAAACAUUUUUUUGUAAGUCUACUUAUUCGUUAAAAAUGAGCAUUUGUAAUUUUGUUGAUCUUCUUUCUGAAUUUAGAAGGACGGUUCACCCAAUAUUAUUACAUAUUCUGUCAUCAUUUACUCAACCUCGAGUUGUUUCAAAUCCGUAUACAUUUCUAUGUUCUGUUACACAUAGAAAGAUAUUUGGAAGGAUGCUUUUAACCAAACAGUGUUAUGGCCACCGUGGACUAUGGUAGUGGGGAAAAUGACAAUGCUAAUCAUAAGUCAGAACUGUUUGAUUUCCUACAUUCUUGAAAAUAUCUUUGUCUUUGUUCAACAGAACAAAGAAAUGUAUACAGAUUUGGAACAAUGGAGCAAAUGAAGACCACAUUUUUAUUUUGGGGUGAACUGUCCCUUUAACUACACAUUUAUUUCAUAUCCAAGUGUUGUCAUAGCCAUUGACAGUUUAAAAAAUAGAAAAAAAAUGCUUUUAUUUGUCAUCCAGGUUACAGUUGAAAUCAUGAUCCCAAAAGUAAAUUUGCCACUGAAGAUUUUUAUUUGGGUUAAACAUACAGGGAUUUUCUAAACUUUUGUUCCUUUUAUUUAAAUGAUAUUACACUUUUGGUAUGACUGGAUGAUUGCAAAAAAACAGAAACGCUAGCAAGCUAUUUCGUGGUACUACAUUUUGUGCAAAAGCAAAUUUUGUAAGAACCAUCCUUAUUCUGUUUUAAAUCUUAAAUUAGCCUUUUAUUUUGACAAUCUAAACAUUCUUAUUGUUGACAAUCUCAUUAUUUAAAACCAGCUCAUCGUUUUUCAUUUAUUGAUGUUAUCUGCACUUGAAAAAUCUGACUAGAAUCAAAUCAUCUCUGAAUUGGUGCCCAUUGAUGGAUUUAGUUUUUGUUAUUGAGUGAUUUCAUCAUGCGCAAAAACAGAAUCACAGCCUGUUUUUGGCACAAACACUGCAUGUACCCGCAGUCGUCUCUACACAUUCCAUUGGCUAUGUUCGCUGCUUGAAUCCUCUGCGGUCAAAAGUUAGUAGGGCAUGUUAUGUGAUUCAUGCUUAACCUGUCACCAUGUGACGACCAUUAUUUGUUAUUAUGAGGUUGUGUUAUUAAUUAAAUAAAUCAAAUUUACCUGAUUGGAUGGAGACAUGCAUGAGACAAGUGAAAAAGCAAACUGUUUUUGUCUUUCAUUUCUGCUAUGAAAAGGAGAGAUGAGAACACAUAGUGUUGAUAACAUUCUCUUCCUUUGAAGUACUUAAUUUUUUUACAACUUGAAUGUAGUUUGGGGGUCAAGUGAACGAAUCUUAUCCCAGUCUUCGGAGAGUAGGUCUAAAUUCUGUUUAAGUGAAAUUGUCUGUAUUGUUAGACUAUAAUGAUGUUAAAAUCUGUGAGAAAGUCUGAAAUGCAAAUGAAAACCUUGGACUGGAUAAAUAAACAGAAAAAUAAAGACACACUUGUUCUCUA